UUCUAAAACAAUUAGUCAAUGUUUGUGGAGCAACUCAUAUAUUUAACAUUACAAAAUAUAUUAUUCAAACCAAAUUUAACUGAAUCUAAACUGUUGAAAGAAUACUUCAAAAAGAGAAUUUGAACGGUCUUGUGUGGAUGAAAGAUUUUAUCAGGACAAGGUUUUUGGUCGUUUUACACCGCAUCUAAAUCAUCUCCACUGUGGCAGAGUUCACAAGGAACCAUUUCAGUUUACCAGAAGGCAUUACACGAUUGAUUAAUCCUCAAGAAUUUUUGGUAUCAGCUAAAGUUUUCUGAGAAAACUAGCUUGGAUAGCAUAUUGGCAUACUUCCAUGACGGUUCUUGGAGUAAAUUUGCAAAAGAAAUAAGCUAAAGCUCUAUGGUUCUCAAUCGUUGCCUAAACGUUCAAGAUAUAUACAAGGAUUAAUUUCAGUACAAAGUUCUUCAAAACAUUGAAGUUUUUCUUGGAAAUUACACAAUUAUCAAGUGCUUUGAUCUAAGAUUUUUGGAAAAAGAAAUCGAUUUCAAUGCAUAGUAGUUACAAGGAUCGCUGACAGCAGAAGGUUUUAAAUUUUACCAGAUAUCAAGGGACCUGAAGACAUUGGAAAUUAGAGCACCGUCGUAGUCGAGUUUGACAAGAAGUUCGCACUUCAGGACAGAAACCAUAAUGCCCACAUCGCUUUCAAUAACAAUUUUAUGUCCCGUUAUAAUAUUCUGCUCUGUAUUUGGAAAUGUAUUAACAAUAAUAGCGGUGAUAAAGACCAGAGCGUUACGGUCCAGGUAUGCGGUCAGACUUAUCACAAGUCUAGCCUGUUGUGAUUUGGCUUUUUCGUUACUCUCGUGUCCCGUGAACUUUGUCACAACUUUACUCGAAUUACAAGAGUGGGAUUCGCCGUUGUGCCUUAUCAACGGUUACAUUGGAGUGACGCUUGUUAUGACAUCAUUGAUAACCUUAACUCUGGUCAGUUUUGACCGCUACGUUGCCAUAGUAACGCCUUUCAGGUACCACAUUUGGAUGACGUCAGACAGAAUCAAAAUUUUAAUCGCAGGAAAAUGGAUUUUUGCUGCCCUCGUGGCUGUCGUGCCGUUGUCAGGAUGGGGGACAUACAUUUUUUACCCGCAGAAAGGAUUUUGCUUCAUAAACUACAGAAAGGAUUUCGGGAUCUUCAUUUUUCUUGGAAUAUGGUUUAAUAUUGGUUUUGGUGUGAUUGCUUUCUCCUAUUAUUAUAUCUUUAAAGAAGCGAGGAGACAAAAAAGACAAAUAAAAGCGUUGACUGUCGCCAAUAAUCAUCUCAAACCUGAGAUCACUUUGGCAGAAAAUAGUGGUAUACACUCGGCAGAACCCAGCACUCAAAGCGCAGAGAUGAGCGCGGAACGGCCGCAACAAUAUCGUAGCAAUCUUAAACGAAUCAAACACGAGAACAAAGCAGCUCUAACGAUAUUCGCCAUCAUCGGUGGCUUCCUAGGCUGUUGGAUGCCUUUCGUCGCCGUAAACUUUACUGCGGCAUUCGUAGAUUACGAUAUACCGCUUUGGCUGGACAGCUUAUCGACUCUGCUAGUUGCGACAGGAUCCAUGGUCAACCCAUUAUUCUACGCCUGGCUGGACUCAUCCUUCAGAAUGGCUUUUAAGAAACUGCUUUUUCCCAUAUUUGGUUGGCGUGUUGCGUCGGCGAACAUCACGGGAAUGACCAACCAUUCGGGAACACCUGACCAAAGGGGAAUUUAGAGGACGCGUAUGGUCGCGUGGGGGUAGAUGAUGAUGAGGGGGGACGAUUGCUUUGAAUCAAACGUUUUUCCAAGGGCUGAAUAGAAAGAUAUGGACUACAGUGGAACAUAUCUCACACUAUACUUAAUAUUGAUACAAACCUA